CGACUGUCUUCUCUUUUUCAGUCUCAAGGCUUUUCAAACAAGAGCCACAAGUCUCAAUGUCUGACGGGCUAUGACAACGUCACUUAUACUUCGCCCGCGCUGGAUUGACCCGAUCAUGUUUCUGUACGAAAACGGUGGCUGCUUGGACGACUCCGGCAAGAACAUGGAAGGGUUCACGGGAGGUAACUUCUCUCCGAGUCCAUGCAGGAAUUUGAUGGCUCAUCCUGCCUCUCUUGCGCCCAGCGCUGCUUUUUCGUCAAGCGAAGUAGCUGCAGCAGGAGCGGGUGAACCUGGGAAGCAAUGCAGCCCCUGUUCAGCCGUUCAGGGUUCGGCCAGCGCUUCACUUUCCUACGGGUAUUUCGGUGGCGGUGGAUACUACCCUUGCCGAAUGUCACACCAUCACGGGGGCAGUGGAGGAGUUAAAACAUGUGCCCAGUCUCCUGCGUCUGCCUCGCCUUACGGGGAAAAAUACGUGGACACAUCCACCUCUACAGGGGAAGAUUAUACAACCACGCGCGCCAAAGAGUUUGCCUUCUAUUCAAGCUACGCCUCGAGUCCGUACCAACCAGUUCCAAGCUACCUGGAUGUCCCUGUGGUCCAGGCAGUGAGCGGGCCUGCAGAGUCCCGACACGAGCCCCUGUUACCUAUGGAGAGUUACCAACCUUGGGCAAUCACGGCCAGUAACUGGAAUGGCCAGGUCUACUGCACCAAAGAUCAGCACCAGACGGGACACAUGUGGAAGUCGUCUGUACCAGAACCAAUAUCUCACGGAGGAGCAGACGGCAGUUCUUAUCGACGUGGGAGAAAAAAGCGCGUUCCAUACACCAAGGUUCAGCUAAAGGAACUUGAACGCGAAUAUGCCGCCAACAAGUUCAUCACCAAAGACAAACGCAGACGGAUAUCCACUCAGACCAACUUGUCUGAACGACAGGUCACUAUCUGGUUCCAGAAUCGACGGGUAAAGGAGAAAAAAGUCGUCAACAAAUUAAAAAGCAGCAGUUAGCUUUGUUUGGUUAAUCGAGUGGAACAGUUUUAGACAAUGAUCGCCCAUUCACACAAAUAUGUCUUUCCGAGUUAUCAAAUAAUAGACGUUUUAACGAAUAUUUGUUUCUCUUGGACUACUGCUUUGGAGUUUGUGGAGAUCACUUUGGAUCGGACAGGGUUGAAUGUUGACGCGGUGCGUCAUUUUUGACACCGCACCAGGUGACGGCGCAAACUGCAUAUGGCCAUAUUCCCAACUAUAGGCCAAAAUAUUGUGUUGUGAUUAUUUACUGCUCACAAAAUAUCUUUAAAAAAACUUUGGAUUUCGAUUUUGUUUUGGCCACUCUUAAGCAUGGUCAAAUCUUUAGAUUUCAUCACGUCCAGUGUCCUUUUUAAUUAUAAUCUUAUUAAAAUCUCAAGUUAUCUUCGCCUCAUGCUGGAGAAUAUGAGGUAUGGAUUUAGACGUUUAUCAUAUCCAUGUAUAUUAUGUGUUUUUAUCUGUGCCAAAAUAGGCUUCACUAUAAAAUUACUGUGUGUUGAAGUAGCUUGUGUUUUGUCCUUAUUAGUAAUAUUGUUUCUCAAAAACCCGUCCUAAUAAACCCUUGAUAAGAAAAAUGUGUAUACGGACGAGAUUAUACAUUUCACAAAAGUACACAGCAUGACAAAUUUAACCAUUAAAAUUAUAAAGUUAAAAAAAUCUUCAAGUAUUUUUCACGUUAGUCAUGAUCUUUGUAAGUGUAGCAGUUGA